AUGGCACAAAAUAAAAGCUCUGCCAGCCAUCAACGGAUUGAAGAUGAGUUUUAUAAAGUCAUGAAAUCGUUUAGCAAUAACAGUGAAUGGAAGGAGUUUGCUCGCAGCAGAACGAGGGGGUUGAAUUUAACCGAAUAUCAAAUCGAUGACAUCAGAGCGGACUAUAUUCACGAUGUGAAAGAACAGAAAUAUCAAAUGUUAUCGCUAUGGCAAAGAAGAAAUGGGCGUAAAGCCACUCCUGAAAAUCUUCACAAAUUGGUGGAUAGCUUUCGAAGCUAUUUAUCUCAGCCGCCAGAGCAAAAUACAAAUUCGAGAGAGCCUGAGCCUGCGACGCACGACGUUGGACACAGAAACCCUACCCAUAGCGGUAACUCUGUCUGUGACUCUAUGAGAAGGCACCCAUCUCAAUCUGGCGCAAAUAAUAUCGAACCAAUGGACAUUGAUCAAGAAUCUUUGAGAAGUAUACCUAUCCAUGGUGAGGCAAGCAUGCCUCAUGCAUUUUCAUCCUUACAAGACAGCAAUCAGCAAACGUUUACUGAGCCUGGACAACCACCGGCAAAUCAAAGCGGAAAUCAGAAUUGUGUGCACCUGAACCAAGGCACACCAAGUUUUACGGCAAGCAUGCAGGUUAACAGUAGCUCUAAUACACCUGGGAGAUCAGCUUCUUCCUUCGAAAUGGAAAGUAGUGCACCAAACAACAGCUCAUCUAGCAGAAAUAGGGACAAUCCUGACUUGACUAAUCCCAAAGAACUCGGGACCAGCACAACAAAUCGCAUUCGCACCACAGAAUAUGAAACUAUUGAAAAUAAAGCAUCACCUAUCCCAAACUUGACAAAACAACUUCAAGGACUUGGAGGAUUCAUGAAUAAUGUUCAAAUCAAUGUCGUCGGUAAAAAUGCAGUCGGAAUCCAAACUAAUUAUUAUUUCGGUGGGAAGAAAGUUGAAACUAAACGCCCGAAGAAGCCGGUACUACCAGAAACAGCAGAAUACUGUGCUGCAGUUGGGGAGAUCGAUAUAAAACCCGCAGAUGACGAAGACUAUGAUCAACAUUUGGAGCAGCAGAAUAUCAUCUACAAGAUAAGUCACAGGCCAAAAGGCACUGUGUUGAUCUUAAACAAUUCUUUUCAAGGACAACCAGACGAAAGACAUGGCUCUGAUUUGGAUAGGCGAAAUAUGGAACUUCUUUGGGACAAACUGGGCUGCAAGGUGUUUUCAAGAACAGAUAUAACAGCUGCGGAAAGUAUCCAAACUUUUCGGAAUUUUGUUAAAUCGCCGGCAGCUUGCUCGAGCGAUUUUGUGGCUGUGGUAAUCAUGUCGCAUGGCGAUCAACUUAAUGGUGACGAUGUCUUUUAUGGAUUUGAUAGAGCCCCGGUGAAGGUGAAAGAUGUGUUGGAGAUUUUCAAUAACAAGAAUGCUGCAAGGUUACAGGGAAUACCGAAGCUAUUCUUUUUUCAGUUCUGCAGAGGAGGUAAUGUAGAUAUGGGAUCUGAGCAUAUGGAGCGUGUAGAUAUACCAGCUGAAAAUCUAUUUAACUCGCUCGAAGCUACAGUACGUCAAAGUAGCGGUGUGCCCCCAUCUGGUGAUGCAUCAGAUAGCCACGGUAUUCAAACUUCGAAACAACCCACGAUGUCAGACACGAUGGUCUCAUUUGCAACGCAAGCUGGAUUUAAAGCGUUUCGUCACCAACGAGAUGGAAGCUGGUACAUAAAUGCUAUUAUUAACGUGUUUAUGCGUCAUUCUCAUGAUCAACACUUGGUGGAGCUAAUGACAAUCGUAAAUAACGCAGUUUCCAGUAAAACUGCGAUCAACACUGAGGAUCGAUCAGUGCAUGAAGGUAAAGAAAUGAGUGAUUUUACAUCUACCCUAAAAAAAAAACUUUUCUUCUUUCCCGGCUUCCCCAAAGAUAUCGAAGCUGAAUUCAUAUAA